AUGCCGCUGUCUUGCGAGGCGAUGACGCCAGAACAGCGCCAGUGGUAUGAGCAAGUCAAGAAUGCGAGUGGUGAGCUCCUUUUAAGUUGGUGCAAAAUUGGUGAUGUUGAAGCGCAAGCAAUUGCUGAAGCACUCGAGGUGAACACGACGCUCAUCAAGCUCAAUCUGCUCUCCGGUCAGAUUGGUGAUGCUGGAGCAAAGGCAAUUGCUGAAGCACUCAAGGUGAACACAACGCUCACCCAGCUUCACCUUUCAACAAUCCAACUGUUCAACAAUCAAAUUGGUGAUGUUGGAGCGCAGGCACUCGCUGAAGCACUCGAGGUGAACACGACGCUCACCCAGCUUGAUCUUCACGGCAAUCAGAUUGGCGAGGUCGGAGCGCAAGCAAUUGCUGAAGCACUCGAGGUGAACACAACGCUCACCAAGCUCAUUUUGAGCGACAACCAGGUUGGCGACGCUGGGGCUCUUUCCAUCUCGAAAGCACUCCAAAAGAAUACGAUCUUGCAAAAUCUCAGUCUGGCAUCGAAUCAGAUCGGAGACGCUGGGGCUCUUUCCAUCUCAGAAGCACUUCAGAAGAAUACGACCUUGCAAAUUCUCAAUCUGUGGCUUAAUCAGAUCGGAGACGCUGGGGCUCUUUCCCUCUCAGAAGCACUUCAGAAGAAUACGACCUUGCAAAACCUCAAUCUGUGGCUUAAUCAGAUCGGAAACGCUGGGGCUCUUUCCAUCUCGGAAGCACUCCAAAAGAAUACGACCUUGCAAAAUCUCAAUCUGGAGUUCAAUCAGAUCGGUUAUGUGGAGGAAACGGUUCUCCGCCACAUCGUUCUUGGAGAUCCUUCAGUCGGCAAGACCUCGCUUGUUCGGGGAAUCGCCGACGGUUAUGUUCGACAGGCGUUCUCCAAUAUGUUCAGCAUUGCCAAUUCCACCGAUGGUAUUGAUAUUUCGACAGUCAUUCUGCGUGCAAAACACGAAUCCAUGAUUUUGAUCGUUUGGGAUUUCGCUGGUCAAGAAGUCUAUCUGGUUUCGCACCAGUUCUUUCUUCGUGAACGAACAGUCUACUUGGUCUUGUUUGACGUGCGUGAAGACUUAUCACUCAAUUCGCGCCUUGCCUUUUGGCUACGCAGCUUGCACGCUUGCGUUCCAAACGCCGAUAUCAUUCUCGUUGGAACUCACAUUGAUGAUCCGUCAUACACUUCGGAGCGGCAGCAAGAGCAACACCACAAUCUUGCUAAUUUGCUCAGCACCUUGCAAGAAUCAAGUGUUUCGUUUAACGUGCGUUCGACCGUCUACAUUAACGCGCGGAACUCUACGGGGGCCCCGAGCAUGCCGGAACUCAAGACUGCAUUGUUUCAAGCGGGACAAGACAUGCCAUUCUACGAUCGGCCAUUGGAUGGCCGAUACAUUCAGUUCAGAGACUCGCUCCGAAAGCGAGCUGAUCGGUUGACCGCCCAGAAACAACCACCCCUCUGUCGAUGGCAUGAAAUUGUCGAGCUUGGCCAGUCGCAGAGUCUCAGCGGGCGAGCAAUCGAUGCAUUCAUGCAGCUCUUGCGUUUUCAAGGCUGGGUCGUUUUCCAUCGUCUCGCCAAUUCAGCGACCCCAGACACGUCCAAUGUUCCCGCGUUGCAACCUGCCACUCUCCUCGCUUCGUUGGACGAUAUAGUCAUCUUGAACCCUCAAUGGUUCACGAAAACAGUCCUGACUGGAGUGAUUACCCAGAAACCUCAAGAUCGAUGGGUCAAGGAUGGCAUUGUGACUCGUGCAAAUCUGCAUCAAAACGCUUGGAAGGGCAUCGAUUCUGCGAUUUGUGAUCAGUUUGUGCUGCUCCUUCAGCGAUACGAGCUCUUGUACAAGAUGAGCGAUGGCGAUCAGCCUGGAACCGAUUCUGGCACUCGCUAUGUCAUCCCUUCGUACCUGCCAGCUUACGAGUUUGACCCUAGUAGAUGGUCUCUGAAGCCUGCAGCGGGCGAGCCGCAUGAAGUUGCUAUUGUGAUGGAGACCAAGUUUUUGCUGGAGGGAUUUUUCUCGAGGCUGCUUGUGCGCUUUCACGAGCGGAAAUUCAAUUUGAUGGCGUGGAAAGAUGCUGUUCUGGUCAAUUACGGCGGUCCUCGAGCACUACUCCGUGUUCAUCGCAACGCUUCCAAUGUGCGCCUCGAGUUUACCGUGCGAGGGCAACAUCCAGAGGAGCUGCUGCCAACCCUGAUUGAGAUACUGGACAAGCUCAGCUCGGAUUGGUAUCCUGGAAUCUCGUGGGAAACCUACCUGCGCUGUCCCAUGCAGGUGCCUCAUGACAAACCGUGCAGGUGGCUGCUCCGACCUCAAGUUCGAGACGCGGUGAUUGACAAGAUGAAAAACUUAUCUUGUUCGCACACGCUCGCCACUUUCCGCCAGGAGGAAUGGCUUCCUGUUCUCAGCUCGCUUUUGCAGCGUCGCUUGAACGCAGUUUCGCAACCCACACCGGAGGAUAUCGAAGCGCUACGGCAACUCGAGCCGCAACCGGCACCGGCGAGCGAGAUCCAAACAGCAGCGACGGAAGCUGCAUCACUUGUCGCAGCACAACUGAUUGCAUCUGGAAAGCAAGCAUUGCAGGAAGUUGGUGCGGCGGCCAUCCAUUCUGUUCGCGAAGUCGAGAAGCAAGUGACUUCCUCUGGAGUGCAGCAGCUUCAAAAAAUUGCCGGCCAGUCAUCGCAGGACUUGCAGCGUUUCAAUAAGGCUUUGGAUGGCAUCAUUGGAUCGAUUCCAAAUGCGGUCAAAACUGAUCCUGUCGAGUUUGAUCGGCUGAUCCAGUCUACAGUUUUGAAGCGCAUCGAUGAGCUUGCCAAAGCUUUGGAUUCGAGAUUUGACGCAGCAGAAUCUUUGCAAAAGGAGCAGAAAGAUGAAAUCGCUCGUUUUUUCACGAGUCAAGUCCAAAUGCAGCUGGACUUGCUGGACAAACCAUGCCCCUUGUUGUUUGUCGUGGUACCUCCGACCAAGAAGUGGCAUUCCAAACUCACGGAUCUUUACAAGUCAAGCCACACUGCGCACCUGCUAUGCGCUCACAUGGGUACCAACAACCAGCCCGAGUGGCAUCGUAUCGACAGUCAUCCCGGCUACGAAAUUGCCAAGUUUUCAAAGUGGCUGAAAAAGUAUGGUUCCCGUGUUCGAAGCCUGCUUGAGUUUGUGCGUCCGUUCUUGAAGGUAGCCAGUUUGGCUCCUGGUGGACCAGAUGUAACGGAUGCGGUUGAUUCAGCCAUUACUGCUUUGGAAGACCCGCUCGAGGCUCUGCCCUACUUGCAAAGAUUGCUCGACCACGCCGAUCAGAAAAAGGGUUCCAGCGCGAAGGGAAAGCAACCAGCGCCUGCAUCUGCUGCUUCCUCGGAAGUCACACACUCGUCCCAAGAGGCAGCAAGGGAAUGGGCUGCUUUCCUAUCCAAGAAAGACGAGUACAAGUCCUUUGCCGGUUUGGAGCGAGCUGUUGUGCUCAGCACUGGUGAGGUUCGUUGGGUCUGUCCGACGCACGCGCGAGAGUCCAUCUAUGGCACCAGCUCCAUUUCGAGCAGCUCGUCCGCCGGCUCCUCUAGCAAUGCGCCAAGCAGCUCUUCCAGUGGCAACGUUGCUAGCAGCUCCUCCAGUGGCAAUGCUACAAGCAGUUCCUCCGCGCCAUCCACUUCAACACCGUGAUGCAGG